UCUCUCGGACCGAUGACAGAUGUCAAACGUGUCAAAUCUGUCAAACAAUAAUAUUUUCUUGAUUUUAAUACACUUAAUAUAAAAAACAUAUUUAUAAUUUUUUUAUUAUGAUUGAUACAAGUGAAAAAACUACUAGUACUUCUCUAUCACGUAGAGUGAAUAAAUUACUUGAGUUACGCCCUGAAAAUGACAAGGGAACACUUGAAGCCCUGAAAGAACUUUCGACAUUUUUCACCGAAAAUACUUUAAAUGGUAGACGUAAUCUUCGAAGUAAAAUCGAGCAAAGAAGUCUCACUAUUAAUGAGGAUUUUUUAUCAGCAUUUAAAGAAGUUAAAAACACUCUCGAUGAUAUGUAUCACAAUGUUUCGGCAAUGAACAAUUCUGUUCAAAGUAUGAGCAAUCGUUUACAAACAACAAAAUCUCGUACUUUACAACUUAUUGACCAAACUACAAAACUGCAAAAUGAAAGUAAGAAACUAUCAAUGCAGCAAGAUGUUGCGAAUUCAUUUAUAAAAUCGUUUGAGUUGAAUUCUUCGGAAAUGGCAGUAUUGCAUGGACCUUCUAGAGAAUCGCCAAUAACUGAAGAAUUUUUUACGGUUGUUAAUCGAGUCCAGGAAAUUCAUAGUAGUUGUCGAAUAUUAAUGCAGUCAGGUUAUCAAACACUGGCACUUGAUAUAAUGCAAAGAAUGACUCUGUUGCAAGAAGCAGCACUCGAAAGAUUGUAUAGAUGGACUCAAAAUCAGUGCAGACACAUUGAAAAUGAACACUUGGCUCCUUUAUUGAUCAAAGCAAUGGGAAAAUUGCAAGAAAGACCCGUUCUUUUUAAAUACAUUUUGGAUGAAUACUGCACGGCUAGAAGGUCAGUUCUAGCAGGAUCUUUUAUAGAUGCAUUAACUUUAGGAAAAAAUGUCGCUGGUGCUCCAAAUCCUAUAGAAAUGCAUGCACACGAUCCAAAACGUUAUGUGGGCGACAUUCUUGCUUGGUUCCAUCAGGCGAUUCCAAUCGAAAAAGAAAAUUUAUUAAAUCUUGUCAAAGUCUGUGAUAAAACAGUAGUAGGAGAUCAGGUAACACAAUCCCUAGGCAAUAUUACGGAAGGUCUGUGUCAUCCUUUGAAAUCAAGAAUUGAACAUAUUGUGUCGGUCGAUGCGCCAGCUACUGUUUUGUACACAGUAAUGACACUUAUCAGAUACUAUAAAACCAUUUUGAAGCCAGUUAUUCUCGAAAGCGUUCUCGACACAACUCUAGGCGAGCUAAUGGAAUUAAGUGAAAAGAGUUUUGUCAGCCGGCUACAAAGAGAGACUCGUGUUGCUUUAGGAGAACGAGCAGAACCUCCGGGCACUGAUUUAAUUCCUGCUCCUUCUGUUUCGAGACUGUUGGCCCUAUUAAAUGAAGUUCUUUCGGUUGCCAGUAUUGCCGAGGAUAGAGAAAAGGAUAUGUUACAAAUUGUAUCGUGUAUUAUUGAUCCUCUGCUCCAAGAAGUGAAUGAAACUGCUUCGAGACUACCGACAGUUGACAUGGCCGUUUAUCUUCUUAAUUGUAUGCAUCAAAUUCAAUCUACAUUAGCUUUGUACGAAUACAUGGAUCAAAGAUUGGAAAGAUUGCAGGCCCAAUCUGAUGCACAAAUUGAUACUUUAACAUCUGAACAAGCAAGUUCCUUAGUGGCUAAUUUAAAUCUUGGACCAAUAUACACAAUCCUACAAGGUUAUCAGCAAGGACCUUUGUCAUCAAUUCCAGGAAUGGAUCCUUUGAGUGUCAAAGAAUUUACGAAUAAAUUGGAGGCAUUCAUUGUGAUGCCAGAUGUUUUAUUCUUGCCACAAAUCAGUUUAUUGCAAAGUACAACGCAUCGUUCUGUCGCUCAAAAACGUUCAUUUGAAGUAAUCAGUGCAAUUUAUAAACAAUUAUACGAAGCCUGCCAUGAUCCCAAAAAUCUUUAUCAAAAUUCUGAUAGUUUAUUCUCCAGAACGCCGGAUGAAUUACUAAAGACAUUGAUCUCCCAUUAAGUAUAUUUAACGCUCGGACACAAAUUGGUAACUAUAGAAAAAUGUUUAACUAAAAUAAAGAAUUAUUUGACGUCAUUGUUUAUUAGACAUAUUUUUUUAUAAACUUACAACCUAAUUUAUAAAAUUUGAAAAAACA